AUGCUUUCCAUCAGAUCUUUGGACAAAAUUGUUUUGAUAAUUGUCCUCUGCAGUUUACACACAGAGGCGAGACCAAUGAGAAAGAGGUCCAUCAGUGAGGUCCAGCUCAUGCAUAACGUGGGAGUACACAAGCAGGUGGGGGAGAGACAAGACUGGCUUCAGCUGAAGUUAAAGGAUAUAAUUGCAGCCUCACACGCCAAAGCACAACAACAUGGACAAUCAGGGAAGAUCCGGAGUCUGCUUCCUGAUGAUCUCACAGGACUGAGCCUGUAUACAAGUUAA